AGCUGGAAGAGAGAAGGACCAAGUCACACCCUGGGAGAAGCUCUGUGCCUUCAGAGGUCUUUCUGCCUGACGGUUCCUAUGGCUCUCUUCAUCUUGCUGUUCUUGCUGCCGAGUCCCUUACAUUCCCAGCCCCCUUGUGACAUCUCCCAAGUGACCAGCCUGCUGGAAGUAAACUGUGAGAACCAGAAGCUGACAGCAUUGCCCGCAGACCUGCCAGCAGACACAGGCAUCCUUUUCCUGGCCAAGAACAGACUGGCUACCUUCUCCACAGCCUCCGUGGCACAUUUCACUCACCUCACUCGGCUAUACCUGGAUGAAUGUGAGCUGACCAGCCUGCAGACCGGUGAGAAACUGUCCAAGCUGGAGAGCCUGCAUUUAUCCCACAACAACCUGCAAAGUCUGCCCUCCCUAGGACGGGCACUGCCUGCACUCACUAUCCUUGACCUCUCCUUCAACCAGCUGGGCUCACUGUCUCCCGGUGUCCUGGAAGGUCUAAGCCAACUGCAGGAGCUCUACCUGCAGAACAAUAAUCUGAGGAGUCUGCCCCCCGGGCUCUUGGUGUCUACAACCAAUCUGAAGAAACUCAAUCUGGCCAAUAACCACCUACGUGAGCUGCCCCAUGGGCUCCUAGAUGGGCUGGAAGAUCUUGAUACCCUCUACCUUCAAGGGAACUGGCUUCGUACAAUCCCAAAGGGCUUUUUUGGGACCCUCAUCUUGCCUUAUGUUUUUCUUCAUGGCAACACCUGGUAUUGUGAUUGUGAGAUUCUCUACCUCCGAAACUGGCUCAAGCAAAAUUCCAACAAUGUCUACUUAUGGAAGGAGGGUGUGGAUGUCAAGGCUAUGACCCCCAAUGUGGCCAGUGUACGGUGUGCCAAUUUGGGCUACGCACCUGUCUACUCCUACCCAGGGAAGAACUGCCCUACCAGUGGUGAUAAGGAUUCCAUAGACUAUGAUGACUAUGACGCUGUCUCUGAAGUACCUGCUACAAGGGCUGAGGUCAAGUUUUCUACUAACACUAAAGCCCAUACUACUCACUGGGGCCAACUCUUAGAGUCUCCUACUUCUCCAGACAGCCAAAUGCCUUCUUGGCCUCCAACCCACAAACCCACUAAAAAACAGUCCACAUCCACCCACAUACAGAUUCCAGGUUUCACCACACUCCCACAGACCAUGCAGGCCAGCACACCUCUCUAUAACCUAAAACUCAAUACUACACCCGCCACCAUCCCCACCACCCCAGUACCUACCACUUCCACCCCAGCUACCCCAAAGCCCAGCCCUACCCCAGUGCCUACCACUUCCACCCUGACUACCCCAGAGUCCCACUCCACACCAAUGCUUACCAAUUCUACUCCCACUAUUCCAGAGCCCAUCACUUCCACCCUGGCUACCCCAGAGUCCAGCACCAACCCAGUGCCUACUACUGCCAUCCUGACUACCCCAGAGCCCAGCACCACACCAAUGCUUACCACCUCCACCCCGACUAUUCCAGAGUCCACUGCUUCCACCCCAACUACCCCAGAGCCCAGUGCUCCAGUGCCUUCCACCCCCACUCCAACUACCCCAGCGCCCAGCAGCACUACCCCGACCACUCCAGUGUCUACUACCACCCCGGUCUUCAUUACUACCCUGGCUGCCCCAGCAUCUACCCCAAGUGAGACCAUUUUAGAACUACCUUUUCCCACAGAACUCACUUUACUCCCUACCCUCGAACCUAUUACAGGAAUCCCAGAAGUGAACAGCUUCAUAACUUUCCAAGAGAUGAUUCGUGCAAACUCUGAUACUUCCAAAAGUGACCCUUUUCUCAAUUCUGACUUUUGUUGCCUCCUCCCCCUGGUUUUUUAUAUUCUGGGUCUCCUCUGGCUCCUAUUUGCCUCUGUGAUACUCAUUUUGUUGCUGACCUGGAUCUGGCAUGUAAAACCACACACUCUGGACUUGGACCAAUCUGCUGCACUGGCCACAAGCACAUACACUACAAGUCUGGAGGUGCAGAGAGGAAGGCAAGUAACUGUGCCCCGGGCCUGGCUGCUCUUCCUUCAAGGGUCACUCCCUACUUUCCGUUCUAGCCUUUUCCUAUGGGUAAGGCGUAAUGGGCAUGUUGGGCCUCUGGUAGCAGGACGGCGGCCCUCAGCUCUGAGCCAGGGUCGUGGUCAGGACCUAUUGGGAACAGUGGGUAUUAGGUACUCAGGUCACAGUCUGUGAAGGUGAGUACCUCAGAGAUCCUAAGACUCUACUGGGAUCUAGCUGUGGUGGGGGAUGAGACUGCCAUGCAGACAUUCUAUUUACUUCUUUAUCUGAAGCCCCUUUUUACAUCUAGACCACACAAAUCAGAAGCAGUGAGGUGAUACAACUGGGUAACCAUGGAACCAAGCUCCCUAUGUUACUCAGAGCAUUGCCAGGUCGCAUGGUCACUGCUAUGGCUUUGGGGAAGAGGUAGAAAAAGCGAAUGGAAAUGGAGCAUGGCUCCCAUGUGUUCACACGUGGAAGGAAACUCGGAAAGCCAUGAAUCAAGACAGGAACAUUAUCCCUAAGUAUCGUGAAUAUGUUUUCCCUGUUUAACACUUAUCUCCCACCAGUGUUAUCUAAAUAAUAAAAUUGCUUUUAAAAAGAAAA